AUGUCACCCAUUUGGCUUCUUCUUAUAUAUUUUGUUUAUUUUACAAAGGAAUUAACGGAGAAGAAGCAAUCAACAUCAUCUUCAGAAGAAAAUAGUGAAGGAAGUGAUUCGACAAGUAGUAAUUCGAAUUCACGCGAAAGAGACAAUUUAAUUUUGUUAAAUAAUGAUGGAGAAUUGUAUGAUGUAUCAGCUGAAAAUCAGUCACCAGCUACAUAUGACAUUACUGAAGAAGAUAUUUAUAAAAUGGAACAAAUCGGAGUUACAAAUACGCAAGUUCCUAGCGCCGGUGAUGAAUUUAUUCCAGAGAAGGACAAAGAAGACGAAAUUGUUUUAUUCAAUUUUUUAAAUCUUCAAACAUUUAGGUAUUUAAAAGACGCGGAAAAGAAAGCUGAUGAAUUAUAUCGUACGGCAAUGAAAUUUCUGGACAAAAAUCGUGUAUCGUCAUUCGAGGCAAAGAAAGCGGCUUAUGGAUUGCUUGAAGAGGCUGCACGGUUGAAGCAUAGAGAUUCUAUGAAAUUAAUCGCAUAUGCUUAUCUAUUUGGUGAUUAUACUCGUUGGAGUAUUGAUGAAGCAAGAACGACUUUCGAAUUGUUGUCGCUUUCUGGUUCGCCUGACGCUCAGCUCGCUUUAGCGUUUCUUCAUGGCACUGGAAUUGGUUUUCCCGAAUCUUCGCAAGCAAAAGCACUUGUCUUUUAUACUUUUUCAGCACUUGGUAAUAAUCCACUUGCACAGAUGGCUUUGGGUUAUCGUAAUUGGGCAGGAAUAUCUGUGCCACAAAAUUGUGAAAGAGCAUUAAUUUGGUACAAGAAAGUUGCAUCUCGUGUUGCCUCGCAAGUGCGCCUUACAGGAGGCAUGGCACUCCAAAGAAUUCGACUACCCGAUGAAUUUGAUUCAACAAUUCCUUCUGCCGCACAAGCUACAAAUACUGUACUGGAUGCGAAUUUACUGAAUUAUUAUAAAUACUUGGCGGACAAAGGAGAUAUCCAAGCUCAGAUUGGUCUUGGGCAGCUAUAUUUAACAGGUGGUCGCGGAGUUGAACGCGAUGUAGAGUUAGCCAGUCAUUAUUUUUCCGCAGCUGCAGAAUCGGGAAGUUCAUCCGCUCAUGCACAUCUAGGAAAAAUGUACCUAGAUGGAACAACUGCGACUCCUCAGGAUAAUCAAACAGCUUUUCAAUUUUUCAAAAAAGCUGCUGACCGGGGCAAUCCAAUUGGUCAAAGUGGUUUAGGUGUUAUGUAUUUAUAUGGAAAAGGUGUUAAACAAGACUAUAGUAAAGCUCUGAAAUUGUUUACGCUAGCCGCAGAACAAAACUGGGUUGAUGGGCAAUUGAAUCUCGGUCACAUGCAUUAUAGAGGCUUAGGCGUAAAACGAGAUUUUAAAUUGGCUGUCAAAUAUUUCCAGAUGGCAUCUCAAUCCGGUCAUAUUUUGGCAUAUUAUAAUUUAGCUCAGAUGCAUGCUACUGGAACGGGUGUUUUACGCAACUGUAAGACUGCAGUCGAAUUAUAUAAAAACGUAGCUGAAAGAGGCCGCUGGUCUGAACGUCUAAUGGAAGCAUAUAUGAGUUAUCGUGCUGGGCACAAGGAUGAAGCAGCUUUCAAAUAUUUAUUUCUCGCCGAGCUAGGCUAUGAACCAGCUCAGACAAAUUUUGCUUAUAUUAUAGAUCAAGGUGAAUUGGGAAUGUUCCCUAAAAAAGAAGCCUUACAACGUGCCUUUUUGCAUUGGCAGCGAUCGGCUGAGCAAGAUUACGUUGUAGCUCGGAUUAAACUUGGCGAUUAUCAUUAUUAUGGAUAUGGUACUCCAGUAGAUUAUGAAUUAGCAGCAGCACAUUAUAAAAUUGCCAGUGAUAGGCAUCAAGCUGCUCAAGCUAUGUUCAAUCUUGGUUAUAUGCAUGAACAAGGUCUCGGAUUAAGCAAGGAUCUUCAUUUGGCGAAAAGGUUCUAUGAUAUGGCAGCUGAAACCAGCGUUGACGCUUAUAUUCCUGUUACUUUGGCUUUAAUAAAACUUUCGCUUUUCUUUUUCUACGAUCUUCUAAGAGAGGUAUCAUUUGAAUUUUUCUGGUUAAAAAUAGUUGAUAUGAUUUUGAAGAGAUUUUAUUAG